UUAAGCGUUUAAUGAAACAGAAAGGUGUUCGUUUUCUAUUUCCAUCGUGAAAUCAAACACGCGCCUUCAGAGGUUAAACCCUUACCCGCCACGUAACUGUCUCCGGAGAACAAUCGCUAUAGCAACCGCUACCUCUCUCAAUCGCCUACGGCGGUCGCUUCAACUUUGAAAUUAAUUCCGAUCAGCCCAUCACCGCCAUCACCGCCGUUUCUCUCUCGUACGAUGGAACUUACAACCGCCUGAUUCCGUGACAGACUGAUCGUCCAUGACGAGCACACUGCGGAGAAUCAUAGAUUGUUUCAGUGACUGUAGUGGCUGUAAAACAUGUAAAGGAAAUGCAAGGCAAGAUAUGUUGAACAUGAAUCAGGAUACAAAUUGUACCCCAAUGCUGACUCAGGGAGUCCGACUGCAUAUUCAAGACCGUUAUGUUGUGAUGGAUAAUGGCAUAGUUCAAGUCUCACUAUCAAAACCAGGGGGUAUUGUUACGGGAAUACGGUAUAAUGGGAUUGACAAUUUGCUUGAAGUUCGAAACAAGGAAACUAAUAGAGGGUACUGGGACCUGCACUGGAAUGAAAUAGGAGGCAAGGGAAUAUUUGAUGUGAUCCAAGGAACAAGUUUUAGAGUUAUAGUGGAAAAUGAGGAACAAGUUGAGAUCUCAUUCACAAGAACUUGGAAUCACUCCCUGGAGGGAAAGUACAUUCCCCUAAAUAUUGAUAAAAGGUUUAUAAUGCUUCGUGGUUCAUCUGGCUUUUACUCCUAUGCCAUCUAUGAGCAUUUCAGGGAAUGGCCUGGUUUUGAGCUUGGAGAAACCAGAAUUACUUUCAAGCUCAGAAAAGACAAGUUUCAAUACAUGGCUGUAGCAGAUAACAGGCAAAGAUACAUGCCCUUCCCUGAUGACCGAUCAAAUGGACGAGGCAUACCUUUGGCUUAUCCAGAAGCAGUCCUACUUGUCAAUCCCCUAGAUCAGAGGCUAACAGGAGAGGUGGAUGACAAGUACCAGUAUUCAUGUGAGAAUAAAGAUCUUCGGGUUCAUGGUUGGAUCUGCUUUGAUCCACCUGUUGGGUUCUGGCAAAUCACACCAAGUGACGAGUUUAGAUCUGGUGGACCUCUUAAACAGAACCUAAGCUCACAUGUAGGACCCACCACUCUGGCUAUGUUUCUUAGUUCACAUUAUGCUGGGAAAUAUAUGGUUCCACAAUUUGAAGCUGGGGAGCCAUGGAAGAAAGUUUUUGGCCCUAUUUUUAUGUAUUUUAAUUCCGCAGCCUAUGGAAAUGACCCACUUUUGCUGUGGGAGGAUGCUAAGAUCAAGAUGAUGGUUGAAGUUCAAAGCUGGCCAUACAGUUUCCCUGCUUCGGAGGAUUUCCCAAAGUCUGAACAACGGGGUAAUGCUAAUGGCAGAAUAUUAAUCCAAGACAGGUAUAUCAGCAAUGACUGCGUAAUAGCUAGUGGUGCAUAUGUUGGCUUGGCUCCUCCAGGAGACGCAGGAUCAUGGCAAAUGGAAAGCAAGAACUAUCAAUUCUGGACCCAAGCAAAUGAGAAUGGCUUUUUCUCUAUUAGAAAUAUACGCCCUGGUGACUAUAAUCUGUAUGCAUGGGUCCCUGGGUUUAUUGGAGAUUACCGACACGAAGCUGUCAUUACCAUAAUUUCAGGUUGUAACAUUGAAAUGGGUGAUGUGAUAUAUGAACCUCCAAGAGAUGGACCAACAUUGUGGGAAAUAGGCAUCCCUGAUCGGUCAGCUGCGGAGUUCUAUGUUCCUGAUCCUGAUCCGAAGUAUAUCAAUAGGCUUUUUGUCAACCAUACUGACAGGUUUAGGCAGUACGGGUUGUGGGAGAGAUAUACAGAACUAUAUCCUGAAGGAGACUUGGUUUACAAAAUUGGUGUUAGUGACUACAGGAAAGAUUGGUUCUUUGCACAGGUGGUCAGGAAGAUAGGCGAUAAUGCAUAUCAAGGAACUACAUGGAAAAUCAAGUUUGAACUUGAUAAUGUUGAUUGGAAUGGUAUCUACAAAUUGCGAGUGGCACUUGCAUCAGCUACUCUAGCUGAAUUGCAGGUUCGGGUUAAUGACCCAAAUUCAAAUCGGCCUCUGUUUACAACUGGACUGAUAGGGAGGGACAAUGCAAUAGCGAGACACGGGAUUCAUGGAAUCUACAAGCUGUACAAUGUGGACAUACCUGGUACUCGAUUUGUUAAAGGGGAAAAUACCAUCUUCUUGAAACAACCAAGAUGCAACAGUCCUUUCCAAGGAUUCAUGUAUGACUACGUCCGUUUAGAAGGUCCCCCAACUCCAUGUUAAUUCAGGAUUCUGUUCAUCACUUUUCUAUAUAUUCAUCGUUACCAUUCAUAUAUGUAGGAUCCGUAUAAUGUUAUAUUUGUGAAUGAUGAUUAGUGAUGUAUCGAAAAGGAAUAAACUACAAAUUGAUGGAAGAGAGCCAGAUUUGUCCGUAGCUAAAAUAUUUUAUACAUAUAUGUAAUGUACUUGUUUUAUGUAAAAGAAUAGUUCCUUUUAUCAGAAAAUAAGCAGGUGCUGAUGUUUCUGGCAA